AUGGAAACAAGUGCAAGCAUGACCAACAGCAUUGAUGGAAUACCAACAGAGACCUUUGUAAGUUUUAAUUUAUUGGAUUUGGUUUACUUUUUAGGACGACAACAUAUUGGACUCCAUGAAAAAGCCGCCAAGACCUGCAGAUGCUGUUGUUCAAUGCGCCAUCUCGGCCUAUUAUCUGCAGAAGAUCCCUGAGUUCAUAGAAGCGUAUCUAGAGGAAGAUCAACGUACGUUUUCGCCAUUCUCUUUAGACUUUUAGGAAGGACAAAGGGCCUAGUGCAAUAUUGCCAAUUUUAGAGUCUGCAUCGCCAACAGAGCUGAAAGAGAAACUCAAUGAGCUGAUCGUUGCCGUUGGGAAGGAAAAUUUGAUCAGUGAACAACUUAAGAAGGAGCUCAAGGCUAUUGUAACGGAAAAGGAAGAUUUAUUGAGCCGUUUCAAGAACGACAAGAAGAAAGUGUCUGAAUUCUAUGAUCAUAUCAACUCCAAAUUUGUCGCUAACCAAUUUGAGUUAAAGAAAACAGAAGCGUAAGUAAAAGUGUAGUGUUUUGAAGGAAUAUUCCAAUGUUUGGAUUAUAAAACCAUCAAGUUUCAGGCAGCUGAAUGUUGAACUCGAGCAUGAAAAAAUGAAGAAUGAGAACCUCAAAAAGCGAAAAGAAUACCUUCAAGAAAAGCUGGCGGCCUUACAGAAACAAAAAGCGGUUUACAAUUAA